UGCCAUAUCCCCUGGUACAUCAUGACAAGUGGCCGCACUAUGGAGUCCACCAAGGAAUUCUUCCAGAAGCAUUGUUAUUUUGGCUUGAAGAAGGAAAACAUCAUCUUCUUCCAGCAGGGCAUGCUGCCUGCCCUGGGGUUCGAUGGAAAAAUCCUGCUGGAGGAGAAGGGCAAGAUUGCUAUGGCACCAGAUGGCAAUGGGGGCCUGUACCGGGCCCUGGGUGCACACGGCAUCGUGGACGACAUGGAGCGGAGGGGUGUGCAGAGUGUCCAUGUGUACUGCGUGGACAACAUCCUGGUGAAGGUGGCUGACCCCAGGUUCAUUGGGUUCUGCUUGGAGAAGGGAGCAGACUGUGGGGCUAAGGUGGUGGAGAAGACCAACCCCACGGAGCCGGUGGGUGUGGUGUGCCGAGUGGAUGGUGUGUACCAGGUGGUGGAGUACAGCGAGAUCUCCCUGGCCACUGCCCAGAAACGGGGCCCGGACGGGCGGCUGCUCUUCAACGCAGGCAACAUCGCCAAUCACUACUUCACCACUGCCUUCCUGAAAGAUGUAGUCAACACUUAUGAACCACAACUGCAGCACCAUGUAGCUGAGAAGAAGAUCCCACAUGUGGACAUCACUACAGGGCAGUUAAUCCAACCCGAGAAGCCCAAUGGGAUUAAGAUGGAAAAAUUCGUCUUUGACAUCUUCCAGUUUUCCAAGAAGUUUGUGGUGUACGAGGUGCUGCGUGAGGACGAGUUCUCUCCCCUGAAGAACGCAGACAGCCAGAAUGGCAAGGACAACCCCACCACAGCCCGACAUGCCUUGAUGUCCCUGCACCACUGCUGGGUUCUCAAUGCAGGGGGGCACUUUGUGGACGAAAACGGCACACGCAUCCCUGCCAUCCCUCGCAUCCCAAACGGAAGGUCCGCUGCCACGCCAGCAGAUGUCAAAGACAACUUGAAGGAUGCAAACGACCUGCCAAUCCAGUGUGAAAUUUCUCCCCUCGUGUCCUAUGGAGGAGAAGGUCUGGAAAAGUACGUGAAGGACCGAGAGUUUCGCGCACCUCUGAUUAUUGAUGAGGAUGGGAUCCACGAGCUGGUGAAGAAUGGGAUGUAGUGGCAGCGGGGUGCCCAAGCAGGGCUGUCCAUCCCGCCAGAAACUCAGACACAUGAAGGUUUAUAGCUGUGACUGGUUGGGGCUGGUCCUGCUCACUCCAGCCUUGUGCAGGGGAGGAUGUGGCCCACUUGGUUCUCAGCACGUUGUAUGCUUCUAUUUAUAUUUUAAUUUAAAAACCAAACACUUUAUGGAUUCCCCUGCCAAGAAGCACAGCUAUGGCAUGGUGCUCUUUGCACUCCAGGCUGUGGGCAUUUAUUUUUAAACAUGUAUAUAGUAGUACUCAUUGUACAUGCAGAGAGAGGAUUUUUAUGGUACGGGGCUGGGAUUAAUCUUGAAUUUUUAUUUUUCUUAAAUCUACAUGACUAUUUUUUUUUAAUAGGGUCCUUGUCAUUGCCCAUGUCCCUCCUUUUAGUCAUCCUUUCUACGUUGCACAACUGGAAGCACCCAAUUAAACUCUGAGUCCCUCCUGUUUGUCA